AAUACGCAUCAAUUCCUAUAGUAGUUCAAGACUUCAGUUUGUAUGAGUCUAUUUUAAAUAAGAGAGAAACAAAAUAGAAGUUUGUUAUUAUUAUUUCUUAUUAGUAUAUGUAUAUUAAUUUUGUAAACAGAAAUAAUAUUUUAUUAGUUGUAAAACAUGUCUCAUACAAUUCUUCUAGUACAACCAGGCAAUAGACCUGAAACAAGAACUUAUUCAGACUAUGAAAGUGUAAACGAAUGUAUGGAAGGUGUCUGCAAAAUUUAUGAGGAACACUUGAAAAGGCGAAACCCUAAUACUCCUACAAUAACUUAUGACAUUAGUCAGCUGUUUGACUUUGUCGACCAACUAACGGAUUUAUCUUGUUUAGUGUAUCAAAAAUCAACUAACACAUACGCCCCUUAUAACAAAGGUUGGAUAAAAGACAAAAUAUAUGUUUUACUCCGACGAGCUGCAGGUCACUGCGAAUGAUUUAAUUGUAAAAGAGGCAUACUUUUAUCAUUAUAAUUAAAGAUGUAAAAAGCAAUUACAUUUUCAUAAACAUUAACAUUAACCACGUAUAUUGUUUGUUACUCUUACAUUUUCAUGCUAAGUACAUAAUUUUAUAUUCAUAUUUCUUUCUUUCAAAGUAUCAUCAUGUACUUAUAACUAGUAUGUAAAGAAAAUUUGAACCAUUCUUGUGUGAAAAAAUAUUAAUAAAACAAUAAAUUAAAAUUUUGUCAAUAAUAUUUUUUAAAAAUGUACUAACUGUAACUUGGAAGAUUAAAGUUUGUAAUUGCAUAUUAUAAAUUUUUCAAUGAUUUUGUAUGGAAUUUUUCACUUAAAGAAAAGAUAGUAAUUAAAAUAUUACUUAAACCUAUUCAGUAUUGCCCCUCUGUAUGCUACGUCAAUACAUUUUUUUCAUUUAAAUAAAUUUACAAAUGUGCGAUAUACAGUUAGAAAAGGGUAACAAAAAAGAAAAUUAUAUCAAAAACUAAUUUAUGUAUUUAACUGUAGUUUCAGUGAUGUUUUUCAACAUAAAAAAACAUGAUGUGAUUUGCACAGAUUGGGUUUAUACUGUAUAUACAUAUAAUAGUAACGAACUGAAGUUGAAUUAAAUUGUACUAUUAUAAUAAAAAUAUUACAAAGUUA